AUGUCUGUUUCUGUGGUGCUUCCUUUUUACACGGCAUCGCUGGCCUUGCUGUUGGCGUUCGCCAUCCUGCGGUUUUUAUUCUGUACGCUUGUGUUUCGCAAGCUGGUCGUGAAACUCUUCAUCAAGUUUGCCGGAUGCCAGAUCAGCCAAGAGGUGUACGGCAAUGGUCUGUUUGGAUGGGAGAUGUACAAGGCUGUGACGGAGACAUUGAUGAUAGAUCUUCAGAAAAAAGCCAAGCCCGGUAAAGAAGCCCCCAAUCCCUCCCUCGUGUCUGCCGAUGGUCAAUCUCGAUUACAUCUCUUAGACUUUGCCAAGGAGAGCAGGCCGCUUGUGGUCAAUUUUGGCAGUUGCACGUGUCCUGUGUUCAUGAAGAGAUUGCGCGAGUUUGGCGAGAUCAUGGCGGACUUUGGCGACGUAGCUGACUUCCUAGUGAUUUACAUCUCAGAAGCGCACCCAACGGACGGAUGGGCCUUCAAGACGGCUUUUGACGUGAAACAGCACCGCAGUUUAGAGGAACGGAUUGAGGCGGCCCAGCUGUUGAUGAAUGCGUCCAAGCUGAAGGCACCCUUGAUGGUGGAUUCCACGGAGAACGCAGCGAACUUUGCUUAUGGCGCUCUGCCAAUACGCCUUUACAUCAUUUUGGAUGGGAGAGUGGAGUUCACCGGCGGGAUGGGACCGACAUUUUACAAAACACAAGAGGUCAGAAGGUGGCUGGCGAGAUGGAAAGAAAGUGAAGGCAACGUUUAA